CUCCUCCCGGCCAAGGUGGAGGAAGUUGCCGGAGAGGCGGGAGGGGGCCCCGCGCCUGUUGUUUUCCGCCGGGCGGGCUGGGCGCAGGGGCGGGGCGCGCGCCCCAGAGGCGACCGCCCGGGCUCGGCCGCAGCAUCCUAGUCGGGGAGCCCCUCACCGCGGGCCGGGGAGCCCAAAGAACCCUGCACACCCAGAGCCCUGCGUUUCCCUCGGCCGAAGAUCUGGGGCGCGAUGGCCGGGCUAUGCGUCCUGUUGUGCCUCGGGGCGCUUCUGGCCAGCCAGGGCUCGGCAGACUUGGGUGCUGUGGCCGUCGGCAAAGUCCAUGAGAAUGUUACUCUUCCCUGUGGCAACGUGUCAGGAUCCAGGGGCCUGGUGACCUGGUACCGGAAUGACUCAGAGCCCGUCUUCCUGCUCUCCUCCAAUUCCAGCCUCCCUCCGGCUUCGCCUCGCUUCUCCCUAGAGGAUGCAGGUGCCCUGCACGUGGAGGCACUGAGGCUGGAGGAUGACGGCAACUACACCUGCCAGGAGGUUCUGAAUGAGACCCACUGGUUCCCUGUGUGGCUGCGGGUGGCCAGUGGCCCUGAUCAGAUUGCGGUGAACAUCUCAACCACUGGUGCCCUCUCCAAUGGUACCCUGUAUGCAGCCAAGGGCUCCCAGGUGGACUUCAGCUGCCACAGCACCGCACAGCCUCCGCCUGAGGUGGAGUGGUGCUUCCAGGCCCACAACAAGUCGGAGCCCUUUGGAAAGAACCUGACGGCCAACAGCUUCACGCUGUUGCUGAUGUCACAGAACCUCCAAGGCAACUACACGUGCUCAGCCACCAACGUGCUCAGCGGGAGUCAGCGAAAGGUGACCACCGAGCUCCUGGUCUACUGGCCCCCUCCAUCAGCUCCUCGGUGCUCAGUGGAGGUGUCUUCAGAUGCCAUCAUCUUGGAACUCUCCUGUAAUUGGGAUGGGGGCUACCCUGAUCCGACCUUCCUGUGGACUGAAGAACCGGGAGGGAUGGUCGUGGGGAAUUCAGAGCUGCAAACACUGAGCCCAUCACAGCUGUCGGAGGGCAGGAAGUUCAAGUGCGUUGGGAGCCACAUUGUGGGACCAGAGUCGGGAGCCAGCUGUGUGGUACAGAUCUCCCCGGGUCCCGGUUGUCCGCCCGCCCACCCCUUCCCUCGACCCCUACCCUCUCAGCCCUACGUCAACCCGAAUCAGGUCCGAGAGCCUACUCCCUCCCCAUCCCACCCAGCUCAGGCAUUUCCCCCGGCCUCGGGUCCUUCAGCACCACGGCCCCCGCCCCGGUGUGUCCCCCGCCCCACCCCGCUUUCCUUUCACCUCUGCGUCAGUCCUCCGGGUCCCCGGCCCCGCGUUUCUUUCUUUCCUGCGUUCCCUCCAGGCUUCACGUCCCCACAGCCUCGAGUCCCCUUAGCCUGGUGUUCCCCCAGCCCGCGUCCUCUAAGCUUCUUGUUCCCAAAGGCCAGCGUACCCUCAGUCUUAGCGUUCCCCACCCUCACAUCCCAUGGCCCCAUGUCUCCUCAGCUCAGCGUUCCCCCCAGCCCCUCGUCCGCCCAACUCAGCGUUCCCCCCGGCCCCGCAUCCCUCCCCAACUCAGCGUUCUCCCGGCCCCGCGUCCGCCCAACUCAGCGUUCUCCCGGCCCCACGACACCCCCAGCCCCGCGCUCCCCCGCCCCAGUCCAGGGUUCCCUCGACCCCACGUUCCCCGCCAACCCGCGUUCCUCCAGCUCAGCGUUCCCCCCAGCCCCGCGUUCCCCAAGUUCAGCGUUCCCCCUUAGCCCAGUGUUCCCUCGGCCCCCACGUUCCCACCUCCCCCCCCCCAGCCCGCGUUCCUCCAGCUCAGCAUUCCUCCCAGCCCCGUGUUCCUCCUCCGCCCCAGCCCAGUGUUCCCUGGGCCCCACGUUCCCCCCGGCCCCGUGUCCCUUCAUCUCAGCGUUCCCCCAGCCCCGCGUUCCCCGACCCACCCGAGGCCCCCGCAGCGUAGCGUUGGUUCCCUUGCGCACUCUGGACCCGGCCCUGGCCCUGCCGACCACCAUGUAA